AUCAAACCAGAGAUCAUGGAGGCAACAAAAUGCAGGAAAAUACCUUCACUAAGUUUCAAAUUUUCGAUCAGCAGCUGUUUGGCCUGUCAAUAAUCAAAAUAUUUUACAAAAGAUGCAGACUCAAAGUAUAUGAAUGUAAUCCAGCAACCAGCAGAGCUCUUCGCUCCAUAGUAUGUCUCAGUGGGUUUAUGAUUUAUCAAAGAACUUGCAACGGGCAUUAUAUAAGGGCAGAUGGCAGACAACCAUUAUAACCCUCUGGUAUGGAAGGCUGUGGAUUAUUCUGUGGCUGAUGUUCAAAGAAACAAACGUCCAAAGCUAGCCCUAGAAUAAAUUAAUG